CGCUCGGAGACCAUGAACUCGGAGGCGGCCAGCUCCUCUGCCACGCAGCGGCGCAGGACUGCGUACGGGAAGAAGCAGGUGCAGGUGGGGGGGGCCGGGAUGAGGGCGCCCCGCGCCCUCUUCUGCCUCACGCUCACCAACCCCAUCCGCAUGGCCGCCCUCGCCAUCGUGGAGUGGAAACCCUUUGACAUCUUCAUCUUGCUCGCCAUCUUUGCCAACUGUGUGGCCUUGGGUGUGGCCAUCCCUUUUCCUGAAGAGGACUCUAACGCAACCAACCAUAACCUGGAGAAAGUGGAGUACGUGUUCAUGAUCAUCUUCACCAUCGAGACCUUCAUGAAGAUCCUGGCCUACGGCCUGGUGAUGCACCCCAAUGCUUACACGCGAAACGGCUGGAACUUGCUGGAUUUCGUCAUUGUCAUCGUUGGGCUGUUCAGUGUGGUCCUGGAGCAGAUGACACACAAGCCGGGCGAGGCCCAUCACAUGGCGGGGAAGCCGGGAGGGCUGGAUGUCAAAGCACUGAGAGCUUUCAGAGUCCUCAGGCCCCUCAGACUGGUAUCUGGAGUACCCAGUCUGCAGAUUGUGCUGAACUCCAUCAUGAAGGCCAUGGUGCCCCUGCUGCACAUCUCCCUGUUGGUGCUCUUCGUCAUCAUCAUCUACGCCAUCAUCGGCCUGGAGCUCUUCAUCGGCAGAAUGCACAAGACCUGCUUCUACAAGGGCACAGACAACAUGGUGGACGAGGACCCCGUUCCGUGCGCGUUUGCAGGAAACGGGCGGCUGUGCCUCCAGAACGGGACUGAGUGCCGGGGGAAGUGGGUCGGGCCCAACGGAGGCAUCACCAACUUUGAUAACUUCUUCUUCGCCAUGCUGACGGUCUUCCAGUGCAUCACCAUGGAGGGCUGGACUGACCUACUGUACUGGAUGAAUGAUGCAAUAGGGUUUGAGCUGCCUUGGAUUUACUUUGUUACUCUGGUCAUUUUUGGCUCUUUCUUCGUACUCAACCUUGUGCUGGGAGUGUUGAGCGGAGAGUUCUCCAAAGAGAGGGAGAAGGCGAAGAAGCGCGGAGACUUCCAGAAGAUGAAGGAGAAGCAGCAGAUGGAGGAGGACAUGGUGGGGUACAUGGACUGGCUCAUGCAGGCGGAGGAGAUCAUCGCCGAGGAGCAGGGCAACACCGAUGGCAUAUCGGAUAAGAAGAAGCGGAAGUUCGGCUGGUUUGGCCACUCUGAAGAUGGUAGUGACGAGGACGAAGAUGAGGAGAACAAAAUAUACAUUGACGAUGAUGAAGGCCUCUGUGCCACCUGCUGCGCUCGGAUAAUGGCAACAGCCAUUUGUGAGCAGAUGCGCCGUAUGAACUUCUCCAUCCGCAAGACCUGCCGAGCCGCCGUCAAAUCCUCGCUGUUCUACUGGCUGGUGCUGCUCCUGGUGUUCCUGAACACGGCCGCCAGCGCCUCCGAGCACUACAACCAGCCAGAGUGGCUCACCGGCGUGCAGGAGUCGGCCAAUCGGAUCCUGCUGACGCUCUUCACCCUGGAGAUGCUGAUGAAGAUGUACAGCCUGGGCUUCAAGGUGUACUUCAAGGCCUUCUUCAACCGCUUCGACUGCUUCGUGGUGUGCAGCGGCAUCCUGGAGACCAUCCUGGUGGAGCUGGAGGUCAUCCCGCCCAUCGGCAUCGCCGUGCUGCGCUGCGUGCGGCUCCUCCGCAUCUUUAAGGUCACGCGGCACUGGUCAUCUCUGUCCAACCUGGUGACCUCGCUGCUCAACUCCAUGAAGUCCAUCGCCUCCCUGCUGCUCCUGCUCUUCCUCUUCCUCAUCAUCUUCGCCCUGUUGGGGAUGCAGCUGUUCGGGGGCAAAUACAACUUUGACGAGACGCAGACCAAGAGGAGCACCUUCGACACCUUCCCUCAGGCCCUCCUCACCUGUUUCCAGAUCCUGACCGGGGAGGACUGGAACUCUGUGAUGUACGACGGCAUCAUGGCGUACGGAGGGCCCAGCUUCCCUGGAAUGAUCGUCUGCAUAUACUUCGUUAUUCUCUUCAUCUGCGGAAACUACAUCCUGCUGAACGUCUUCUUGGCCAUUGCUGUGGACAACCUGUCUACUGUCGGCCAAAACUUGGAGGAGAAGACGGAUGACGAAGAGGAGGAUGAGGAUGAAGAUGACGAAGAGGAUGAAGACGAUGAGGAAGGGGGAAGGAAAAAGGUGGAAGAGGAGGAAGAGGAAGACCUGGACGACGGUGAAGGGGGUUCAGCAUUAAAGGUGGCUGAUUUUGCCCCUCCAAAAGAGAAGAUCGUCCCCAUACCUGAUGGCAAUGCCUUCUACUGCAUGGGCAAGACCAAUCCGAUUCGGACUGGCUGCCACUGGCUGAUUCAUCAUCACAUCUUCACCAACCUCAUCCUGGUCUUCAUCAUCCUCAGUAGCAUCUCGCUGGCUGCAGAAGACCCAAUCAGGGCGCACUCGUUCAGGAAUAAUGUCCUGGGCUAUGCUGACUACGCCUUCACCUCCAUAUUCACUGUGGAAAUCUUGCUAAAGAUGACCGUGUACGGAGGGUUUGUGCACAAAGGGUCUUUCUGCAGAAACUGGUUCAACCUGCUGGACCUGCUGGUAGUCAGCGUGUCCCUUGUAUCCUUCUUCCUCCAUUCGAGUGCGAUCUCCGUGGUGAAGAUCUUUAGGGUGUUAAGAGUGCUCAGGCCCCUCCGAGCUAUCAACAGAGCCAAGGGACUGAAGAACGUAGUGCAGUGCGUAUUCGUGGCCAUCAGGACCAUCGGGAACAUCAUGAUUGUGGCCACACUCCUGCAGUUCAUGUUUGCCUGCAUCGGAGUUCAGCUCUUCAAGGGUAAAUUUUUCAGAUGCACUGAUGAAGCUAAAAACACUCCUGAGGAAUGCAAGGGGACCUUUGUAGUGUACAAGGAUGGGGACGUGGCACACCCCACCAUGAAGGAGAGAGUGUGGUACAACAGCGACUUCAACUUCGACAACGUGCUGAUGGGCAUGAUGGCACUCUACACUGUGUCCACCUUCGAAGGCUGGCCCGUUAUUCUGUACCAAGCUAUUGAUGCCAAUGCUGAAAACAAAGGUCCCAUCUAUAACUACCGUGUGGACAUCUCGAUCUUCUUCAUCAUCUACAUAAUCGUCAUCGCCUUCUUCAUGAUGAACAUCUUUGUGGGCUUCGUCAUCAUCACCUUCAGAGAGCAGGGAGAGCAGGAGUACAAGAACUGUGAGCUGGACAAGAACCAGAGGCAGUGUAUAUACUAUGCACUGAAGUCUCAGCCAAUAAAGGUCUACAUCCCGAAGAACCCAACGCAGUUUAAGUUCUGGUCCAUCAUUAACUCCUCAGGGUUUGAGUACAUCAUGUUUGUGCUGAUCCUUCUGAACACGGUCACUCUGGCUGUACAGCAUUACGAGCAGUCCAAACUCUUCAACUUUGUGAUGGACAUUCUCAACAUGGCGUUCACUGGACUCUUCACAGUGGAGAUGGUGCUCAAACUCCUGGCCCUAAGAAUCAGGCACUACUUCAUGGAUGCCUGGAACUCGUUCGACGCCCUGAUCGUGGUGGGCAGUGUGGUGGAUAUUGUGGUGACAGAGUUCAGCGUGAGUGGGGAGGAGAGCUCUCGAGUCUCCAUCACUUUUUUCCGCUUGUUCCGAGUGAUGCGUCUGGUGAAGUUGCUCAAUAAGGGGGAGGGCAUUCGAACCCUCCUCUGGAGUUUCGUAAAAUCCCUCCAGGCUCUGCCUUAUGUCGCCCUCCUCAUUGCCAUGAUCUUCUUCAUUUACGCUGUCAUUGGCAUGCAGACCUUUGGGAAGGUCGCCUUGCUGGACAACACGGACAUCAACAGGAACACCAACUUCCAGACCUUUCCGCAGGCUGUCCUGGUGCUGUUCAGGUGUGCCACGGGAGAGGCCUGGCAGGAGAUCAUGCUGGGCUGCCUGCCGGGGAAGCGCUGUGACCCCGAGUCAGACUACGAGCCCGGAGAGGAGUUCACCUGCGGCAGCAACUUCGCCUACCUGUACUUCAUCAGCUUCUUCAUGCUCUGCGCCUUCCUGAUCAUUAACUUGUUUGUCGCUGUCAUCAUGGACAACUUUGACUAUCUGACACGUGAUUGGUCCAUCCUGGGUCCCCAUCACUUGGAUGAGUUCAAAAGAAUCUGGUCAGAAUAUGACCCUGAGGCCAGUGGGCGUAUAAAGCACCUGGAUGUUGUGGCUCUGCUGCGCAGGAUCCAGCCUCCUCUGGGGUUCGGCAAACUCUGCCCUCACCGCGUGGCCUGCAGGAGGCUGGUCGCGAUGAACAUGCCGCUAAACAGUGACGGGACGGUCACGUUCAAUGCCACGCUCUUCGCCCUGGUCAGGACCGCCCUGAAGAUUAAGACCGAAGGGCCAGUGGUUCAGGAGAACGAGGAGCUGAGGAUCAUCAUCAAAAAGAUCUGGAAGCGAACCAAGGCCAAGACUCUGGACGAGGUGAUCCCUCCCCCUGAGGAGGAGGAAGUGACCGUGGGUAAAUUCUACGCCAGCUUCCUGGUCCAGGACUACUUUCGGAAGUUCCGCAAGAGGAAACUGGCCCUCAAAAAGAAGAACAAGUCCUCGGCCCUGCAGGCCGGACUGCGCACGCUGCAGGACUUGGGCCCAGAGAUGAGGCUGGCCAUGACCUGCGACCUGGAAGAGGAAGAGGAGGAGGAGGACGUGGUGUUGGACAUGGAGGAUGAGGACGACGAGACUUUCUACAAGAAUGAUACCGAUUUUGAGGGUCGCUCAGAGUACCCCAGUCCUGAUAAGAUGGAUCUUGGGAGUCCUGGGCCCCCCUUCAACCCCAUCCCCCCUUCAUCCCCCACCCCUCCUCCGCCCUCCCCCUCGCCUCUCCCACCUCCAGAGACCCCACCCAUAGAGAAGCUGUCCAACGGGCGAGUGGCUUACCCGUCCGUCACCACGGAAACUCUAUCAAAAACUCCCAACGGAGGCAGUAUGGUGGAGUGGGAGGAGCCAGUGAUGGAGGAGGAGGAGCCGCGUGAAAUUGUUCCUCCUCCAGUGGAGCGUGAUGUCAUCACACGGCAACCCAAACCUGUCACUAACAGCUUACCUAGGGGGGAUGCAGGCGAUGGAUAUUCGCUCCUCCCUCAGGAGGAAGAAGAGAUGGAGGUGACCUACUCUGGAGAGCAGGGUUACAACAGCAGGGAGGAGGACACAGAGAGCGUAGCAUCACAAGACAGGCAUUGGUUCCCAGAGCCUCCGGCGCCGUACCCUGGACACCGUGAACGCGCGCACAACGCCUCGCCUACCGGCCACGUGACACAUGCUAAUCACUACGGCAAUGGCUACACCAAGCCUCAGCAGCCACCUCGACGCCGGCUACUUCCUGCGACUCCCACGGGCCAAAAGCCUGUUUUUAACGUCCAGUCUCUGAGGCGACAGGACAGUAAUGAGGACAUCCCAAGCACCUACCAUCAGAACGCACCUCUCAGCAGGCUACACACACAGACCUACGUCAGCGGUGACUCCCGCCGCGGCAGCGUGGCCUCCAUGGCGUCUUCCUCCGCCUCCUGGGCCAACGGCAGCACCAACCCCCGGCGUGGGAGGCUCCUGUACGCCCCUCUCAUCCUGGUGGAGGAGGAGGGCCAGGGCCAGGGCCAGGGCCUGGGCCUGGGCCAGGGGCCCGGGAGGCUGGCCGGGGCCUGGGCGGACGGGAACAUGACGGUCCCAGCACCCCCCCGACAGGACUGGUACACGGGGCCCCCGGGGGGCCAGGCCGGGGUCUACAGCAGCCUGAGAGCCCCCACACAGCCGGCGUACCAGUACAAUAAGGGCAGCGCUGAGAGCCUGGUGGAGUCGGUCCUGAUCUCUGAGGGGCUGGGUCUCUACGCCAAGGACCCCAAAUUUGUGGCCUUUGCCAAGCGGGAGAUAGCCGACGCCUGUGAUAUGACCAUGGACGAGAUGGAGAACGUGGCCAGCGACCUGCUGCAGAGGGGGGUGGGGGCGAGUGGCCGUUUCGGGGUCCUGUACGAUGACGAGGAUUCCAUCAGGGCCCACGCAGAAGAGGAGCUGGGGGACGAGAUGACCUGCGUCAGCACCUUCUGA